AUGGCAACCAUCAGCCAAGUUCUUCAGGCCGGCGGACAUCAGGAUCAAGUUGCGAUCGACUCAAACCAGCCAAGCAGGAUAAUCAAGAAGACCAAGAAGAGCGAGUUGGAGUUCUAUCGGUCGCUGGCCAACCAACUCGAACGCCCACCUUCCCAGCAGAACGCAUGGUCCGACUGGAGACCCCAGUUCUUCGGCUCAUCAAAUCAUCAAACAGACGAACAGGUAUCCAUCGUCCUCGAAAACUUAACAUACAAAUGGUCGACUGCGAAGACCGAGCAGGGUGAAGAGCAGGAUCAAUUAUUCAAUCAUCCAAACGUGAUCGAUAUCAAAUUAGGACAGAGACUAUACGAUGAUCAGGCUACCCCAGAAAAACAGGAACGGAUGCACAGGGCCGCACUCGAGACCACCUCGGCCAAACUGGGGAUCCGGUUGACGGGCGCUCAGGUAAUCAACCAGAAAGAACCGAUAGGCUGCAAUUUACUGAUUUCAACUCUUCUCCCUCCUCGUUUUGACCAAAAAACAAACAAACAAAAGAUCUGGAAUAACCUCAAAGGUGAAUAUUCAAGUAUCCCAAAAUCAUUUGGCAAGUCGAUCAAACCAGACGGAUCAGAUCUUCAAAUCAACUUCAACAGUCUCUUUCCGGUCUCAGAUUCAAAGCCAGCACACGAGCUCGAGCUCGAUCGAUUAACAUAUUCAGCCGAAGGUCUACCAUCUGAGAUACUCAAACAAGUCAUCGAUCGAUCCAUUAUACCAAAGAUCCAAAAGAUUCUCGACUAUCUCUCAUCCUUCAACUGGCGUAUCUAUGGUGCUAGCAUAUUGAUCGUCUUCGAAGCUGAUCUCAGCACUCUCAACACUCUUCUCUCCUCACCUGAUCACAACCGAAUCAUCCAGGACAUUGCUUCGGUCAAAGUCAUCGAUUUUGCACAUGUCCAACUGGCCGAUAGUCCGGAUCCAGGCCUAUUAAAAGGCUUCCAAUCCACACUUGACCUCUUCCACCAACUUUCUGCAGAACUUGCUUUGAUUUGA